AUGGCAACCAAGUUUCGGGCCACAGAUCACCCAAAGGCCCUGGAAAGUGACUACGGCUCGGACUUUACCCUCGAGGAGGAGAGUAUCGUGAUACAACUUCUUGAGCAGGCACAGAAUUCAAAAGUCACAGCUGUAAUCUCGGCCAGCAGUCCAGACACCCACAGUGGCCAGCCAACUACAGAUGCUUUACUCGCUUCAGAUCUCUCGACGUAUCCUUUGCAGGGCGAUAUAGAGCAGAAAGAUGCAUCAGCGACCGACGCUGGCAGCAGCCGCGUUUGGCAGGGCCAGGUUGCGAUACCCGCAGGCCGUGAUGGGGGCUGGAGGCCUGCCGAUGCUCGCAGCACGACAAUGGGUGGUCUCAGCUCGGUGCCAAUGGACGGCAUCGAGUACCCGGAUUUGAGCCAUGCAUUGCUGAGUCUUGUUGCUGAAACUCAACCACCCCAAUCGCAACAGCCAGAUGAAGUAUCAAAGAAGUCAAAAGAGGGCAAGAAAACACCGAUUGAGCGCUUUCGGUCAUUUCCCAAAAAACCGCUUACUGUCACUGACAUAUCUUCUGGUGCAUGGUGGGGGAGAAAGACCAGAACUACAGCCAUGAAAGGUGGAACAAAAGUCCACCAAAAGUUGGAAGAUCAAGUUCACACCACAGUACAAAUCAACGUCAGCCGAAAGGAAGAGGCGUUUGCACUGCGGCUAUGGAACUUCAUCCAAGGCCUCCGAACGUUGCGAGACACGGGUCUCACGCGGGAACUCGAGGUCUGGGGCUCGAUCGAGGGGCAAGUUGUCAAUGGAGUUAUUGAUGAGCUCAGUUACACGAGUCCCAAUCUCGGCUUUGAAGAGGAGCUCAGUCAAAGCCAGUCGUCACAGGGUGCCGCAUCUGAAUACGUCGGGAAGCAGUCUUCCAUCACGGAAUAUUUUGAUCCCCAUAGAAGGCGGAUCUAUCUCACCGAUGUCAAGACCCGCGGCAGUACUAGAUUACCUUCUGGGGCCGCUUUGCGACCCUCCCGAGUCCAACUUUUCAUAUAUCACCGUCUGCUUGGCGAAAUGGGCGCCGGGAAACUGGACUUCUCCAAGAUUAUAGCUCGGUACGGGCUCCAACCAGACGUGCGCUUCUCAGACGCAUUCAUGGCGCAGAUCGGCAACUUACAUGAUGAGGUGUUUGAUGAGGUGGAGCCGGGAGAGGAUGCUCUUGGCCUGCCCUCGCAAAACUCCCGUGAGAGACAACCCGGUCCAUCUCCAAGCUUUCGGGAAACAGAAUUGUCUCCGGCGCCAGACCUGAUUCGGUAUCGAUCUCUUCAGCAGAUCAUACCCUUGGUGCAGGCGGAAUUACGCGAAACAUUUCCCCAAGGUGCAGACACUCUCGGCGACCUGGUGGCAGUUGUAUAUCGUCAUAGGGAGGAUGGCCGUAUUAUUGGCGACCAUUGCUUUCCGACGGAUGCCGAAGCCCUCAACAACUAUCUCAAGCUGGAUUUGAGCUGGUGGCUGGGCAAGAGAAAUCCCGAUGGCGUACCAAUCGAGGAAGUCUACAAGUGCCGCAUCUGCGAAUUCGCAGAAAGCUGUGAGUGGAGGCACGAGAAAAACGAGGAGAUGAUGCGCAAAUCCCGUCAACGAACGGACGGGGGUGCUGUAGCGAACCGCGAAGCUACGAAAUGA